AUGGUUUUUCACACUCAAAUAGCCUCCAUCAUGGAGGUGCUAGCGAAUGCAGCCGUGGCAGAGGUCUGUAAACUCGUCGACGACGACUAUGCAGUGUUUCGUUUGGAAAUAACUAAAAGCCAGAAAGAAAACAGGGCAUUGCGGAGGAAACUACAGCUACUGGAACUGAAGGUGGUACGGGAGCGCGUACUCGUCAGCCGUCCCAGUAGUGUCAAGAUCCUCGACCGAUACAGAGGAAUGGCAAGAGGUGAAGGACAUCUCACUGGAGGCCACAGGAGCUUUGUGAAGCCAGCGGGACACAAUACAUGGAGAGAUGACCAACCAAUCAGUUUUGAUGAGGGGAGUGGAACCUCAACUCAGCACAUUAUCGUGAUAGAGUCUGCAGAUACAGAGGCUGCAGGUCCUGGUGUCAAGCAGGAGAAGUCUGAAGGAGAAGAGGACCCGCGGCACAGUAGAAACAUCCAGACUGAAGUGGCUGGAGUGCCCCCUGUAGCCACGGAGGUCUCCACCUCCGUCCAAGUGCCGCCCAGGACCCGAGGUAACAUCACGGAGGAGGAGGAGGGUCCAGAGGGGUUGCUGGUGAAGGAGGAGGAGGAGGGUCUGGGGAACCCUGAGGGGACCAUGGUCAUGGAGGACAACCAGACUACUCCUACUCCUGAACCGACAGAGGAUUCAGCUGAGCAGUACAGGACCACACACAAUCUCACUGAGUCAGUAGACAUGGAGGAUGGGAAGCCUGAUCUGCUGCUGGUCAAACAAGAGACAAUAGAAGACAGACCAGAGAGCAUUGAUCUGCUGAGUGGACUACAGAUGGAAGAGCAAGGUGGUUGGCUGGAGGCUAACAGAGGAGACUGGGCGAACAUCUUGGAUGCCCAGACCCAGAUGAGUGCAGCCAAGGGCCCAGGGUACGACAUCACCGAGCAGGCCAGGACCAGAGGCGACAUAGUGAAGGUCAAUGGAUGGGACAGCGUCCUCAACUAUGGGCUGGGGAACAACACUGUUAACCACAACCAGAAACAGAGAGUGGAACACAAAAUAACAUCCGAACUUAGUCUCCAUAAAAGAUUGGCUGAGACCAGGGCGAGACGUAGAUUUGGUCUGCAGGGACAGGGCGGUGUCCAUAUGCAGCUGGAGAGAACAGACACAUACUCGGCUAGCAAUGCUCCCUCCUGCUCCUAUAGUUGUGAUUCAGAGAGACAGGUGGCGCCUCAGGUUGACCCCCUAACAGAUUCUGCCUUUAGCCUGCCUUCUAUAGGAUCUAUCAACUGGAACAUGGACCCUGCGAUAACACAGACACUACCUGGCCUUCAUCCUCCUCACACUCUCCUAAUGUUAAACCAAACCUCAGACAAUGCCAGUGCAUCAACCCUAAAUGGCAACACAAUCCCAUUGACAAAUGACAGUAGUAGUGACGCUAUCAGCAGAUCUGGUGGGAAAGAGAAGCGCUUCCCUUGUUCAUUCUGUGGGAAAGUCUUCCGUUUGCCUAAACAGGUGGAGAUCCACCAGAGGAUGCACACCGGGGAAAAACCGUUUGGCUGCCAUCUGUGCCGGGCCAAAUUCUCCCACUCGUCCAGCCUGAAGAGGCACCAGAGGGUCCACACAGGGGUGAAACCCUUCAGCUGUACCCAGUGUCAGACGCGCUUUGCUCAGGCUGGUCAUCUGAAGAGACACCAGAGGGUCCACACGGGAGAGAGGCCGUUCACCUGUACGUACUGCGGGAAGAGGUUCUCAGAGAAGAGCUACCUCAGGAUACACCAGCAGAAAAUGCACAGGGCCCAUGUAUAGAGUAUUGUGACAUGUAGUUAGUUUGUUUGUAGUCACUUCUGUUGGUUUUGGAUGUAGUGGUGAACUGAGGAAAGAGUAUGAUUAAAUAGAUGAUAUGUUACGCCUGCUCCCGCUUCUCCUCUCUGGCGUUUGAGGGCACCAGGCUGCCCAUCAUUACGCACACUUGUCACCAUCAUUACGCACAUCAGUACUCGCUGGACUCACCUGGACUUGUUACCUUGUUGAUUGCCCCUCCUAUAUCUGUCUGUUCCUCGGUUAGAUCCCUAUGUCAGCAUUACUGUCCGUGUUUCAUUAAAUGUUCACUCCUUGUACUUGCUUCUCGUCUCCAGUGUCUGUCCUCAUAGAAUGCUGACACCCAUAUUUGAAACAUCAGGGAGGUUUUUGUUUUACUGAUAACAUCGGGUCCGGGUGACGCUGCUGUAGGAACCAGGGGUACCUCAGCUGGUUCGUUGGGCUUCCACCGCCUUAGCUGGCUCGAGAGGUUUCCUUGCCUCGGUUGGUUCGGCAGGCGCCCAUCCCACAUCAUGCCUCAGUCAGCUCGUUGGGCUCCCACGCCUCAGUCGGCUCAUCAGGCUCACAUCCCCCUUCACGCCUCAGUCGGCUCAUCAGGCUCACAUCCCCCUUCAUGCCUCAGUCGGCUCAUCAGGCUCACAUCCCCCUUCAUGCCUCAGUCGGCUCAUCAGGCUCACAUCCCCCUUCAUGCCUCAGCCGGCUCGUCGGGCUCCCUCGCCUCAGCCGGGUCGCCCGGCACCCAUUUCUCGGCCGGCCCAUCAGGACUCAUCUGGACUCCAUUACUUUGUUGAUUGCCCCUCCUAAAUCUGUCUGUUCCUCUGUUAGAUCCCUGUGUCAGCAUAAUUGUCGUUUUUGUUUUCCCCUGUCCAGACGCUGUCUGUAUUCUGUUCCUGUCCGUAUUUCAUUAAAUGUUCCCUCCUUGUACUUGCUUCUCAUCUCCAGCGUUUGUCCUCACGAUAUGGUGAUGGUUGGUGUGAUGGUGUCUGUAAAAAUGCUUCACUGAUGAAGAGUGACAACCUUUAGGUUGAUACGGGUGUUUUAUAGUGUGAUACGGAUGGUGCCUUAAUUCAUGUUUAGUUGACAUGAAGUGGUGAAGAUGUGUGUAAUGUAAUGUUGAACCUUUUCCAAAGUAUUUUUAAAUACAUUUUAAUCAAAGCAAGGGUACAAGAUUUACAGAAAAUGUCAAGUGUUACCAUAGUGAGAAAAAUUGUUAUACAUGUCACGUAUCGUUUUGUGCAAUAAAAGUACUGUACUUAAGUUAUGAGUACAUUACCAUUUUGUUGAAAUUAAAUACAAAAUUGACUCUG